GUGAGAAUUGCGCAUGGAGUCGGCAGGCCGCAUGGUCGACAGUUUUCCGAUUCUAUUCGCCGAUUUUGGCAGAAACAAUACAUCAUAUACCCUUUUAUGUAUACAUAGACUAAGAACUAAAGAUGGCAGAAUCAAGUCUUGACGAUUUCUUUGCUAAGAAAGACAAAAGUAAAAAGAAAUCCAAGGCAAAAAUACCAUCAGCGGCAGUGGACAUUGUGGAAAAGACGGAUGAGUCGAAGCUUAAAAAGGAGAAGAGAAAAAAGGACAAGGAGAAGAGCCAGACUUCUUCCAAUGCUUCGCAGGGUUCAACGAAAAAAGUAGAGGAGGACGAAGAAUGGAUAGACUUUCAAGAUGAAACCGAGAAAGAUUACAGUGGCUUAAGGAUACAAAAUCUUCAGAUAACCAAGGAGGAAGAAGAUGAACGUGAGGACACUGAGGAAAAUGAAGAAGGAGAAGACGGUGAACCCAAGGACAGACAGAGUGCAGUCUCUGGACCAUGGGCUGUGUCCGGCUCGGGUCAACCUCAAGCAGCCCCUGGUGCAGCCCCAGUGCUGGGAGGUGGGGCACCGCCUGAACCUCCUCCCCAGCCACCGAAGCCAAAGGAAGAGGCUCCUCCAAAAAUGCCUGGUAAAUACAUCCCUCCUGGUGCGCGGUCGUCUGGGGGUGGAGGAUCUAGUCCUGCAGUCAGUGCACAAGCUAUCAGGCGGAAAAAGGAAGCUCCCAAUAUCAAGAGUGAAGUGGAUUUCCCAACUCUUGGAGGUGGAAGAAAUGAUGGAUUCCAAGAUGCCCAAGAAGCCAACUACGAGCAUCCGGGGGAGUAAACGUGGAAUGCAACUAUCUCUGGAAAACAAGUUUGCUGCACUCCAAGACUAAACACUCUAGGUCACCUCAUUUGUCAAAUACAGUUUUAUAUAUAUAUAUAUAUACACAUACAUAUAUAAUGAGAUACAAUGUUUUGUUUUUGAAGUGCUACCCACGUUGUUGAUACGCAAUGACCGUGGUUCCUGCUCCUUGGUAGAGUGAGGGACAUUGUUGCGGGCCAUGAUAAAUAAGUUUUAGGGUAUUCAGUAAUCAUUUAAAUACCUUGGUGUCUUUUAUUUUAUUUUUAUGAAAACUAGGCGACAAACGUAUGUGUAUUGCUUUCAAUCCCAUACAAGAUACCAUAGGUUUGAAGACCCGUAACUUAUAUGUUAUGGCCUAGUUAUGUUUACUUGAUAUGUUAUUGAAUUUGACCUACUGACCUGACCCGGUUAGAUUUCUUGGUAUAUUAUGAUGUGUUAUAUAUGUUCUGUGUAAGGAGUUUCCUUCCAACUGUGUCUUGAUGGACCUGCUCCUAUUGCGCUGUUGGCAGUGAUGGGAGCUUCAGAUGGGUAUUGGCUGAUCUAUGCAGCCAUUACAGUCACAGUGGACAACUCCCGUCCUUAUUAUCGGACAAGGACAAUGAACUAUAGCAAGCAAAUUACAUGAAUAUAGAAAACUGAAAUUGUUUGGGCAAUGUAUGUUUCUGAACUUUCUGUGUUGUACCUUUGAGUACUUCAUGUUAUGCGAAGGCCCUAAAUUACUUGUGGCUUUUGUAGUCAGUGUUGACUGAAUUGUGUAUCAUAUCGAGAAUAUUGCUGAAUUUAUUUAAGGGUGCAGAGACAUAAAGAUCACCAGCCUCUGAUCAGCAUGCGAACUAUUGUGUACAAAUGAAGGUGACAUUGUUGUAUAACAAGUAUUUAGGGCCGAAUAUACAUAUUGUACAAAGGCAGUUGUUACGCUAAGCCGUUAUGUAGCAGCCCUGCUUGAGAGUGUUGAAGUUAAAACAUGGGUUAAUGUUUUGGGGGCCAAGCUGCUAAAGCUCAACAUGUUAUAUUGCAUGGAUGUUUGUAAAUAAGAAAAUUAUCAAUAUUAAUUCUUCUCACUUGGCUGCCUGUGGUGUGUAGAUUGGAUUAGUCUGUUUUGUUACCUUGGAGACACAUGAUAAGAUGUGUGAAAUUGUUUCUGCUUUUCUAAAGUUGUCUUUAUCUCUCAAUUGGUGUAUGUAAAGUUUAAUUGUAUGCUUUAAAAAGAUUAAUUAUUACAAGAAAUAUAUUUGAAUCGUUAGAAACAUUUUUACCUGAAAGAUCAGUUAAUUCAUUUAUUUGAAUUUGGAUGUUUGUUUUAUUUCUGCCAUGUUAUCUUGUAUUCUUGGUGACUUGAGGCCACCUGUGUCGAACAUAAUCAUUCACAAUAAUAUGAUAACUUUCCUAUGUUAGAGACAAUCAGUUGGGUAAAUAGGAAUGAUCCUGCAGUGUCUUGUCAAGCUUUGUCAUUAGCUUGCAUUAUAUAUAUUAUAUAUAUAUAUAUAUAGUUGCCAAGACCAGUGAUGAAACAAUGAGUUACAAUGAGACUUUCAAGCAGAUACAACUUCGCUGAAGUGAAAUUAAAACAUUCUCUAGACCUUAGUAAGACCAUACAGGCAUUCCCCAUUAAAAAUAUAAUUCUACUGGCCCUUGGAUACCUUUAACAUUACACAAAGUGACUUAGAUAGUGCUAAGUUGCAUCCCUGCUUUGCAGCACUUGUUCUGUUGUUCUCAUAUCUCAGUUCUCCUGUUUUAUACAUCAUCUUUGCUCAUGACUCCACUGUACUCAUUUCCCCUUAGGGACUGGUAGUCGGGUAAUCUACUGUAGUUCUACUGGUGGUGAAGAGUUGUGUCCCUUAGUGUAUUGGCCAGUUGGUUGGAGAUAAUGCUCCUUGUUCUGUCAGCACCAUCCCCCUUCUUGUGACUUUGAGACUUUUAAUGUAGGCUACUUUGGGCAUUUUCCACAAUAUCAUUUAGGCUAACAUAUUGUUAAUAGUAAUUAACGAUUAAACUUAGGUUUUACGUUCAAGCAAAUCUUUUUUGUUCAAGCUGCUUUCUUUGGUUGAAAACAAGAUGCAAAACAUAUAACCUUUACUACUGGGGUUGUAUUUGUGUUAAGGUGUGAUUUUAAAAUUGUCAUUCAGCAGCUCGGGAAUGUAAGAGGAUUUCAGUUAUCUAUCAAACUUAGUUUUUAUGUCAGUCUUUUGAAGCAUUUAAGUGACAGGUAUUAUAUGGAGACUGAACUCCGGACUGCCAAUUAGAUGGAGCACAGGUUUCCUUUAAGAAAAAGACACCUCAGCUGUCGGAAAGGUAGUAUUUGUAUUUGAAACACCAUAUUGUGUUUGACAAACUGCUGGGAAACAUACUACUACGAAACGAGUUUGGCAGUGCUGUUUAACAUGUGGCUUAGUGUGUGCCCUGUACACACGGAACAAUAGAUCCUUGUAUGAUACAUCUGAACCUCUUUGUGGCUAAUACAGUGUGAGGAAUGAAUGGGACAUGAAUGCACCUCUUGAUCUGGGAGACCUCUCAGGGCCAAACCCUAGGUGAUGGAUGAUACCCAAGUUUUGGAUGUUAGUGAAAGUGUCUGUUGAUAUAUCUGAAUGCAAGAAAAGAUGUUUAUGAUGACACUAUGCUUGUCCCUGUAUGAUAAAUAAGAUGAAUGCUUCAGAACUGAUGCCAGAGCACAUUUCCAAGUUCAAUAGAACAGGGCACAAAGCAUAGACAAGGGAAAUAACUCUUGUCAUGUUGCAUUGCAAUGACAAAUUGUCAAGAAAUGUAUGAAUGUUUGAAUGGUAACAAGAUUAACUAAAAUCUGGCUGAAUAAAUGUACCAAAGUUUGUUGACUUCAUUUGUGUUCAGACCUUUGAACGCAGAUGAAAAUGGAUAUGUUAUUUUGAGUUCUUCUGGCUGCCCUGAUAAACUGUGAACUGCAGCUGUAAACAACUUGUUGUACAGAAUUAGAACACCAAAACGCCUUCUUGGUCCAUGACAUGGAUGGGAAUGAACCAGUAAAUAAAGAAGACUAACAUUUCAUUGGCUGUCUCAAAAGUAUAGCCCAUCUUUGUAAAAUUUCACAAUGUAGUUCUGAUGCUGAAAAUCUCUCUCUGAAUUGUCCAUUGUUGCACAUCCGCUUGUUUCUGGAAACGUUGAGGGAUAUUUAUAUAAACUCUUGUAAUAACACUUUCAUAUUUACAGAUUAGAUGGUGUUUGCUGAUGUGCAAAUCAUAAACAUUCAGAUUGAUACUGUUUGUUCAUUUGUAUUAAUGGUCUCAACAGCUGCUACCGUGUGUUUGAGUCGGUGAAUAGGUGCAACAUUGUGAUUGGUGGCAAGUAAAUUGUCAUUAAAACUGGCCUGCUUCAACACAGCAGUGAAUUGUUCUUUUGAUUUAUUGACCAGCAACAUGGGGAAAAUGGCCUAAAUGAUUUAUAAAUAUAUGUUCAAUGCUGAAAUUUAUGUAGAGAAAAGAAAUUGUGAAAGAAAACUAAAUUAUGUACGCUUUUGUCCAGCUGCCAAACUUGGUAUAGUCCAGCAGGGCCAUUGAUGCACUCACAUAUGCACAGAUUGUCCCCAGCAUUAAAAACAAGCAAAAGUUAAAAAACAUAAAAUAUAUGUCUGUUUCUAAUGUAAGCCUUUGUAUGUUUAAGAUUCACUGUCUGAAACUGAAAACUUAGCAUACCAGUAAGUGAAAUAUAGACCGGAUUGAUAUACAAAUUUAAAUGUUGACUAUUUCCAGAGAUGUAGUUGCCAGGGGUUACCAACCAUUUGUCUACACAGUGGCAUGUAUUUUGUUUGUCUGGAGAACAUGAUGCAAGGUAACCCUGACUGUAGACUGUAGAUAUGUCAGUUGCUACUUGUGUGCUUUGGUAUGUAUCUGGUUGCCUCAAUAAACUUCUUGGAACUUG